UCAUAGAAGUAUGGAGCAGUGGGAUGGCUUUCGUGAUCAACAGGAGGACACUGAUAGCUGCUCUGAGUCUGUGAAAUUUGACGCUCACUCAAUGACAGCUUUGCUUCCUCCCAAUCCUAAAAACAGUGCUUCCCUUCAAGAGAAACUGAAGUCCUUCAAAGCUGCACUGAUUGCCCUUUAUCUUCUUGUGUUUGCAGUUCUCAUUCCUCUCAUUGGAAUAGUGGCAGCUCAACUCCUAAAGUGGGAAACGAAGAAUUGCUCAGUUGGUUCAACUAAUGUAAAUGAUACAACACAAAAUCUUAUGGGAAAAGGAAAUGACAGUGAAGAGGAAAUGAGAUUUCAAGAACUCUUUGUGGAACACAUGAGCAACAUGGAGAGGAGAAUCCAACAUAUUUCAGAUGUAGAAGCCAACCUCGUAGAAUCAGAGCAUUUCCAAAAUUUCAGCCUGAUAGUUGAUCAAAGAUUUAAUGACGUUCUUCUCCAGCUACGUACCUUGUUUUCCUCAGUCCAGGGACAUGAGAAUGCAAUAGAUGAAAUCUCCAAGUCCUUAAUAAGUUUGAAUACCACAUUGCUUGAUUUGCAGUUCAACAUAGAAAAGCUGAAUGGAAAAAUGCAAGAGAGUACCUUUAAGCAACAAGAGGAAAUCAGUAAAUUAGAGAGGCGUGUUUACAAUGUAUCAGCAGAAAUCAUGGCUAUGAAAGAAGAACAAGUGCAUUUGGAACAGGAAAUAAGAGGAGAAGUGAAAGUACUGAAUAACAUCACUAAUGAUCUCAGACUGAAAGACUGGGAACAUUCUCAGACACUGAGAAAUAUCACUUUAAUUCAAGGUCCUCCUGGACCUCCAGGUGAAAAAGGAGAUCGAGGUCCCUCUGGAGAAAGUGGUCCACGAGGCUUUCCAGGUCCAAUAGGUACUCCAGGUCUUAAAGGUGAUCGGGGAGCAAUUGGAUUUCCUGGAAGUCGAGGAUUCCCAGGACAUACAGGAAGGCCAGGAAAUUCUGGACCAAAAGGCCAGAAAGGGGAAAAGGGGAGUGGAAACACACUAGGACCAGUACAACUCCCUGAUCCUAUUAGGGCGGGGCCCUUUUAAGAUCAGGUGGGUUGGGCGGGACAUCCUCUGCUACCAUCUCAUUAAAAGGCCCUUCGCCUCUGGACACAUCAUCUGCACAACUGACUUCCAAGAUCCUUUUUCGACUCCUCCAAAUGACCUUGGUUCCUGUGUUGUGCCUGGCUUCCACAUGGCUUCUCUCCUGGUCCCUGGUGCUGUUGGGUCCUCUGCUCCCAUGCUCAUACCUCUUGUUACUCCACUUCCUCCAUCAUCACCUCUCUCCCCUACCACCCCCAGCCUGGACAUGUCUCAUGCACAGACUGGAGGACUUCUCCAACCAGUCCUGAGUUCUGUGCCACCCACUCACCUAGAGUCUUGCUACACCCAAUUUAAUCCAUUGGGUUAUAGGAGAACUGACAUGGGUACUGAUAAUAUAUGUGGGUUCCUAAUAUUCAAAACAUUAUUCUCAAUCAGAGAUAGGGAUGUCAUAGAAGAAAAUCAUUAAAUCAUUAAUUCAUUCAUUCACAUAACCAUUGUGUACCUCCAUGAGCUGGACCUAACAGCUAAUAAGAUAGAUACUGUAGCUGGUUUUACAGAGCUAAUUGUCCCUGAGAGAUGUAGACAAAUGAACAGGCAAUUACAAUACAUCUAAGCUAUAUUGGGGGAAAAAUAGGGUUAGCCAGGUGUGUAGAGCAGAUAAAGGUUUUUUAAUUUCUUGGAAUUUUUUAAAAAAAUUUAUUUGAUUUACUUUACCUUGUCAUUAUUCUCCAAAUUACAGCAUAUUUUUUAAAAAGUUUUGAAGUGAAGUAGAGCUUGAGCAAUUUAUCCAACACACUUAAACCAAAAAUAAAACUUUUAUUAUAUUACCUAGUCAUUUCAAACAAAAAUAUUUUGAUCACGAAAAUAAUAAUAACAAUGUUCUUCCAUUCUAAAAAGUUAUUUGCAUAUCAUGCUUUAAAUAUUCAGCAUAGAUCCUAAAGAAAAAGCAGUAUUUCCAUAGAACUAGAGAUAGUUUGUGUAGGUGAAGAAAGGGAAGAAAAUGAGGAGGAGGAGAAAAGGCAAAUGAAAAAAGAAUAGGAAAAAUAUGGGAUUCCAUGGUUUUUUGUUUGUUGCUUUCUACUGAUCAACAGACUACAUUUUCAAAACUUUCUUUCCUUUAAGUUUUAGCAGAUAUACCCAAGAUUCAUACAAUUAAGAUUCUAGUAGAACUCUAGAUAGUAGGCCUGUGUGUAUCUUGCCAUUUCCAUUUCUACCCUUGUAAUGAACAUGUUAACACCUACCUCACAGGGUUGUUGUGAGGAUGCAGUAAGACAUUGUGUGUGUUAAGAUGCUCUGUGAAACCAUAAAGUGCUUUAAAGAUGUAA